ACUUUUGAGUAUAAGAAUAGAAAAAAACUCAUCCUAAGUAGCAGGCAGACAGAAGAGUUUGAUAUUCUAAUCUUUGAAGUCGCAUUAGUUGUAAAAUUCAUCAAUUUCCUUUAAAAUAACUGACUCUAGUUCGAAUUUUUGAUAAUUUUACGUUGGGAAGAUUGAAGGAAAAAUGAGAAUGGUUCAACUUAUGCUAGUCAUUCUGUGUACUGUUGUCUACUGCCAAGCUAGCCCUUUAAAACUUCUGUCGUUUAAUACUCGCUUAACAGCCGAUGAACUGUACACAAGAAGUCGUUUUCUUAAGACUGUACAGACAUUAAAGAGGCUUGACGCUGAUGUAUUAUGUUUACAGGAAGUCUGGAAUGAUGAACAUCUCUUUUCCUUGAUUGAAGAUCUUGAAUGGAAAUUUCCCUUUAGUUACUCUUUCGUGCACAAUGUAGGUGGUCUAUUGAAUGAAAAAUUGGACUUGCCAAAUUCGAAAUGCUCUGAGAAGGAUGGAGAUAGAUUGUUGAAAUGCAUAAAAAACAACUGCUUAAACAGCAAAGAUUCUGAAGAGUUUCAUUCUUGCUAUGUUAACGAGUGUAAUCCUUUUGACUUGAACUUAAACGAGGCUUGUAGAGAAUGUACAACUCUUCAAAUUGAAGCUUGUAUUAAAAUUAUGCCGCAAAAUGUGAAUAAAGAUAGGAUUAUGGAAUGCCUUAAACAAAUUAAAAGACCAAGAGGAAUUUGCUCUUCAAGAACAAUUGAUACUAAAGCUAAUCAUGGAUUGCUUAUGCUUAGCAAUGUACCUUUAAAUAGUCAAAGAAGAGGUAUAUUCACUAAAGAUUCGCUAAUUGCAAGAGGUUUUUUGGAGGCAAAAAACAAUUUUGGUGAAAAAUUUGUAUGUACUCAAAUGACAACUGGAAGAUCAUCUGUAUAUAGUGAAACAAAGACGCAUUUCAACAAUUGGUACGAUUUAAAGGAAAGCGAAGUAGAACAACUGGUAAACAUGUAUUCUCAAUCAAAACAAACUUAUAUUUUGGGUAAUUUCAAUGUCGGUCCGGCCAUGCCAAGUAAUGGAAUUAAACCUUACUACUCCGAUCUUUAUAAGAUAAUGGAAGAUCGCGGCCUGGAAAACAUUAUUGUGAGAGAAGCUGGCAAAUGUACACUUUGUGCUAACAACGAACUGGCAAAGGAUGAUAUAUCGAAUUCAUACAUUGUGGAUGGUUGCAUUUUGGUCAACGUUGAUCGCUGUAGAUUAUCAAAUGAAGUUAUUUUCAAAGAAAAUAUGCUACUAAAUCCCAGAACUAGAAAACACUAUCCACUUUCUGAUCACUACGCUACGCUAUCAACAUUUUGCGAUAAUUUAGAGCUAUUCUUAACUAGCUCUGAUGAUGGCUCCGGGAGCGGUGGCAACUGAAGUCAAAAGCAAAAUGUGUAACUUAUUCAAUAAAUUGCUCUUACUAUAAUAUCAUGAUUUCAUUUAUUGAACAUAUCGAUAAAUUAACCUAGGCCUAGCUCUAUUCAAAUAAUAGAGCGUGAAGUAUAAGCAAGUGGCUAUAAGAUACAGAACGGAAAUCAGAUAAAAUGCUUUUACGUAGGUGGAUGUUGAAUCGAAGAUAACUCCUGUUCAUAGAAGAAGAAUGUUGAUUUUUAGUUUUCACAUUUAUACCUUCUUCUAUUGGUAAAGCUUAACAAACCUGCUAAAUCAAAUGUUUCCCAUUUAACACUUCUCUGCUUGUACUAUGCAAGGCCGCUAAUAUUGGACCUCCAGCUACUCCGCUUACAGCACCGAACACCAUAGUUCCCGCAAAAGUAGUUACCAACGACCAAAGACCAGUUAUAAUGCAUAAAAAUGCGCAGCAAAAGGCGUAUAUAGGUAUAAAUCUGCCUUUAGCUCGAUCGCCCAAAGCUGAUGUUACAAAACGAGUUAUCAACUCGAAAACGGCAGUUAAGAUCAUUCCCCUUGAAGCUUUUAAUUGACUUAUACCUAAAGUCGUCAUAUGUUUAACCAAAAUCAUACUAGGUGUAUAAUAAGCCAUAGAUUUAGUUAUAGAUGCAAAUAGCCAUAUUCCACCAAGUAUUACUUUAGUUCUGAGUGCAAAUUCAAUUUCAUCCUCUUCCUUAAUCUCUUCGUAAGCUUCCAAACAGAAGAAACGAUUCAUAAACGGAAUAGUUGUUAACAAGACAACUGUUACAAGAAUUACAGCCAAUACGAGAAACGUCCAUCUCCAACCAACUUUUGAUAAUAUGUAAUACACCAGUGGGUUAAAACUCAGCACCGCUGUUUCGUAUAUUAGAAUUACUCGAUUGUGUAUUUAUACAUGUUUAACAGCUUUACAAAAAUAUAGGAAGGAUAGAAGAAAAGUUAUAUUGAAAGAAAUCGCUAAUGGCUUCUAAUAGAAAUGAUAGGCGUAUGGGAAGAAACAGUUGAAAAGAUCAACCAAAGGAUAAGCACAAGUGACGAUACUCGUAGCCAAAACGUUUCUUGGAUGAGAAUAUGGAAAAUAUCUAUUUAGAGCAGAGUAUUGUGGGUUUAGUAAAAAUGUGGCACCAAUUCCAAAUAUUAUUCCAUGAGUUAACAAUAAAACACCAGCAUUUGGAACGAAUAUAGAUCCUAUACAACCAAUUGUUGAUACAGUUAAGCCUACUAGAAGAGUUUUUGGAGUUCCUAUUUUAUCAUCAACCCAAAAAGCAACCGGAGCUAAUAACAUAGGCCAAGCCGUAGCUAAAGAUCCUAUAAAGUCUAUAAGAUGGAUUAUAAAGUUGCGAUUAACAAGCGUAAAUUACUCUUUUUUUAUAUAAUAUUCCAUUUAUAAAGUUUUUAAUAAACAAAAGAAAAGGUUAAUACAUGAAUAAAUAAUUGAAAUAUGAAAUCUUUUU